AUGAGCAACCCAUUUGCCGACGGUCGCGAGUGCGACGAAUUAGCAUUAUCAUAUUCCACGCUGACCUCAAACCCGUGCCAAAUUGGCUUUGAAUUGACUGAGCUCGAAUGCGCCGGCGCGGCUGAUCUUGGCGGGAUGCAGGGCGGCGGCGCGCCCGCCGCGGACGCCGACCAGGCUCAGUUCGAGGCGGACAAGCGCGCUGUGUACAAACAUCCCCUUUUCCCCCUGCUCGCGUUGCUGCUGGAGAGAUGCGAGCAGGCGACGGCAGGGGCAGAGCCCCCGGCCGCGGACGCCUUCGGUGCCGAUCUUCAGGCGUUCGUGCAGCACCAGCGCCGCGACAGGCGGCCCUUCCUCGUCGACGACCCCGAGAUAGACGGCCUCAUGAUUAAAAGUAUACAGGUGCUCAGGAUCCACCUGCUGGAGCUGGAGAAGGUGCAGGAGCUGUGCCGGGACUUCUGCGGCCGCUACAUCGCCUGCCUCAAGACCAAGAUGCAGAGCGAGAACCUGCUGCGGACGGACUACGCGGCCGGUGGCAUAGAGAGCAACAACAACCUGUCUGGCACCAUGGACGACCACUCGAGCACAUCCAACUCGCCCCAGUAUCAGGUACCAAAAUCGCCGCCGGCGCCGCUCCCCGCGCCCUCCUACCCGCCCUCGUUCCCCCCGCACGCCGCGGACCUCCACUACCCGCCGCCGCACCGCGACCCCGCGUCCAUGGUGAUCCAGGGUUCGACGCCGAUCAGCCAAAUCGGGGCCGGGUUGAUCACGGCGGAUAACUUCACAGGCACCAACUCGAGCACGUCGAACGUGUCUGGCGUGUCGACCCAGUCCUGCUCCUCCGUGUCGGGCUCCCCCCCGCCCGACGAGGAGGAGGAGGGCGGCAAGAGGGGCGUGCUGCCGCGCCACGCCACGCAGGCGAUGCGCGCCUGGCUCUUCCAGCACCUGGUGCACCCGUACCCCACGGAGGAGGAGAAGCGCAGCCUGGCCGCGCAGACGCGCCUCACCCUGCUGCAGGUGAACAACUGGUUCAUCAACGCGCGCCGCCGCAUCCUGCAGCCGAUGCUCGAGUGCGCCGACAAGCCCGGGGGUAAGAAAAGUAAAAACGGCUCGUCGAUAAGCAAGAGGUACUGGCCGGACGCGCUCACCAACCCACAAUUCACCGCCGGGUUGCUCUCCUCGUCGGAGGACGAGGAGCAGGACGGAGAGCAGUCCGGGGAGGAGCAGGAGGCCCAGGGCGAGGAGUCCAACGACCACCCCAACUACCCCCCCAUCCAGCAGCCUAUGCAC